CUAUCUUCAGCACGUUCUCAUGGCUCGAGGUCACCGAUGUACAGUUUAUGAUUUGCAUGUGUUUUAGCUCGAAUCAUUGAAGAGGAUGGCUUAUAUAGAUGUCAGGCAACUAAUUUACGCAUAGACAAGUGCACAUGAGGUACAGACCGUACAGUAUACUGUUUAGUAUUACAGUAGUAUGAUUUGCAUGUGUUUUAUCUCGAAACAUUGAAGCGAAUGGCAAAGGUGGUCAGGCAGAACGUUAUUACGCAUAGACAAGUGCACAUGGGCUACAGGCCACAGUAUACAGUUUAGUAUAGUAGUGAAAGGAUAUACUGCUGAUCACUAUGUUCUUUCGGGCUCUAUCGCUCCUCCUGACAUUUUAUUUGGUUAGGUCCGAGAACGAUGCAAAAGUACUUAUCCUCGGUGCUGGUGCAGCGGGUUUAACAGCCGCUGAAGUUUUCCAUAACCAAGGAAUGGAUGAUUUUAUUAUCAUUGAAGGCGAUGACCACAUUGGCGGGCGAAUAACUGAUGUCCCUUUUGCUGGGCAAGUUGUAGAACUGGGCGCAAACUGGGCUCAACCAGGAGAUACCAGUAUUGUUGCAGAGGUUCUGGACCUUGGAAUCAAACAUCAUGUUUCUGAUUUCGAGUCUCUGUUGGUCUUUAACCAGACUGGAAAUGACGUUACUAUUUUAACGGAUCCAAUUUGGGAAAGGUUAGAAGAGGCGAUUGAGUAUAUGACAGAAAAGGCUGAGAUUUUAAUCAAGGAAAAUAAACCUGACAUUUCCCAACGAGCAGCUCUUCGUUUGGGAGGAUGGUUUCCCAAGACACCUGUAGAAAAAGCCAUCGAGUGGUUUGAUUUUGAUUUUGAAUGGGCUGACAUUCCCGAAGUGACGUCCACUAAGUCAACAGCUCUUUUGAAAGCCGACGAUGAAGUCUUAUUUGUUACAGAUCCACGCGGGUUCAAAUUCAUUUUUAAUGAAUCAAUUUCUUUCCUUUACGACGACCCAGCAUUUGAAUGUCGUCUACAGUUGAACAAAAUCGUUACUGCCGUAAAUUACGAAGGUGACAGAGUAGUUGUGACGUGCAAAGAUGGAACAACUUUUACUGGUGACAACGUGUUGAUGACGUUCAGUCUCGGAGUCUUGCAGAACGGAGUCGUAGACUUCCAACCCGAACUCCCAGAAUGGAAAAUCGAAGAGCUGUAUCAAUUCAUCAUGGCAGAUUUUACUAAGAUUUUUAUGAAGUUUGACACGCAAUUCUGGCCAGACGAAGAGUGGUUCAUACAUGCGCACGAGAGGCGAGGAUAUUUCCCUGUGUUCUACAAUCUCGAGGCAAAAGGAUUGUUUCCAAAAGGAACCAACAUGCUUGCUGCCUUUGUUUCAGGAAAUGAAGCUAAGAGAAUCGAACAGCAACCGAAUUCAGAAACCAGCGCGGAGAUCACAAAUGUCCUUCGUACCAUCUUUGGAAAUGAAGUUAUUCCACCAACUGAAAUCAUUCACUCUGGCUGGAGUAUCAACCCCUUCACCUAUGGCGCUUACUCAAACUGGCCGGUUGAAGUGUCAGAAGAAUGCUUCAAAAAGAUCGAAUCUCGAGUCGGUCCAAUAUUUUUUGGAGGAGAGCACACAGAUCCCAUUUACAACGGCUACAUUAUUGGUGGUGAACUUAGUGGUAAAAGGGAGGCCAUGAAAAUUCUUGAUUGUAUGAACCUUCGUGAUGUUGAUGAGUGUCCAAUAUGGCAAGAAGUGAAAAAGGCAGACUGUGACUGCACAUCAGGUGCAUCUAUAAUUACCAAAAGUGUUGGCCUACAUUUAGUUGCACUGCCCGUGUUUUUGGUGCUCAUGAUGUAAGAAAUAUAGCGGUUUUCUAGUUCUAAUACCGGUAAAUUAUAUACAGUAGUAUUUUUCUGUUCCAAAAAGACUACAUUUCAGACUUCAGUUGUGGCAGUUUUUGAGGCAUUUUAUUAUUUUUCUAAAAAAUAUUUGAUACUGUAUUUAUAGAACUUAGGAAGCAACAAGAGUUGAAAACAUCAAUAUUACUUUAAAUAUAAUUCAUAAAUACCGGUAAAUUAUAUACAGUAGUAUUUUUCUGUUCCAAAAAGACUACAUUUCAGACUUCAGUUGUGGCAGUUUUUGAGGCAUUUUAUUAUUUUUCUAAAAAAUAUUUGAUACUGUAUUUAUAGAACUUAGGAAGCAACAAGAGUUGAAAACAUCAAUAUUACUUUAAAUAUAUGGUUAUCUUCCAUGCAGAGGGGAGCGUACAUUUGUUCAAGGACAUGGUAAAUAUAUGUUGUAGAGGACGGGGGAAUGAAUUCCAAUGAUGACUUGAGAAUAAGCAAUGAAUUGAGCCAGGACCUGCGGAUUUAUUAACAGUGAUAUCAUUAAAGUAAUAUUUCAACAGAUUGAAGGCAUAGAUGUCAAUAUCAGAGAUCGCGGGAAUGAGGACAUUACAAGGGCUGUCU